UUGCGAUAAACACUGCCACCCAAUGGCUGAAACGGGCAUUUUUUAAAAGUGAAAUCGAAACUUAAAGAGAACCGCAGCGAAUGUGGAGCCAAGUUCAGCGUCGUCUGAAUAUUGCUGCUGACGUAUUUAAUUCCAGCACCGCCCGUCCAGCAGACAUCAAGACAUCGCGGAAGAAACCGUAUCGCCUUGACAGUCAGAGCAGAAACCAAGUAGGUAGGCUUAUUACCUUGAAAAUGGACGCUGCUGAGGAGACUGAAAAGCUUCCUGAUGGGCCACCGUUGCCUGCGUCAUCCUGUCUAUCCAUGAAAAGUGAUGCCUCCAUGGAGAUUCGUCAUGACUUUGCUAAGGAAGCGCCUGAUAGCUCGGCCAACUUUGAGCAAUCGAACUUGCCUGCCUCAUCCUGUGUGUCAAUGAAAAGUGAAGCCUCCAUGGAGAAUCGUCGUGAUUUCAGCAAGGAAGAUACUGAGAGGGACCAACAUGACUGUUCAGAAUCAACGGAGAUGGAUGGAAAUGCCAUAUUUAAGUUGGUGGAAGAACACAGCAACAACAUUUUGCUGAGUGAGCUGAGAAGGUAUAAAAGGCUGCUCUUUCCACAUCUAUCACAACCUGAGAGUGAAAAGCAUGAUGAAGACAGGUUGACUACUGAAGAUAAAAAUCAAGACAGCAGUGCCAGUGAGGGUGUUCUGAAGAUCACACUGCAUGUCUUAAAGGAAAUGGGCCAAAGAGAGCUUGCUAACAUACUGGAGAAACACGUUUAUGGUGAGCUUGACGUCUGCCAGCGCAAACUCCGACACAAACUGAAAAAGUUUGAAUACAUUUAUGAGGGUGUGGCACAGCAUGGGACCCAGACACUUCUUAACAAGGUGUACACUAAGCUGUACUUCAUAGAGGGAGCUGGUGGAGCUGUCAAUAAUGAACAUGAGAUCAGGCAGGUUGAGGCUGCAACCAGGAGACGAGCAACUGAAGACAAGCCAAUCAAAUGUCAAGAUAUUUUUAGGCCUAUGCUCGGACAAGACCGAUUCAUCAGAACCGUUCUGACUAAAGGAAUUUCUGGCAUUGGAAAAACAAUCUCUGUGCAGAAGUUUAAUCUGGAAUGGGCAGAGGGACGAGCUAACCAGGAUAUCCAGCUGCUGAUUAAUCUUCCGUUUCGAGAGCUGAAUCUGAUGAAGACACAACACUUCACACUGACGCAGCUUCUUCAUCAUUUUCUCACGGAGGCAAAAGAAUCCGGAAUUUCAGAUUUUGGCAAGUACAAGCUUGUGCUGAUAUUUGAUGGGCUAGAUGAGUGUCGGCUUCCCCUGGACUUUGACCACAACGAGCCCUGCCGCAGUGCCUCAGAGCCAGUUCCAGUGGAUGCACUCCUGACAAAUCUCUUCCAGGGGAACAUGCUGCCCUCUGCGCAUGUCUGGAUUACCUCCAGGCCUGCUGCUGCAACUCGCAUCCCAGUUGAUCUCGUUGAACGUGUGACGGAGAUCCGAGGGUUCAACGACCCCCAGAAGGAAGAAUACUUCAGGAAAAAAAUCUCCGAUGAAAACAUGGCCAGUAGAGUCAUCUCGCACGUUAAGGCAACCAGGAGCCUCCAUAUCAUGUGUCACAUACCAGUCUUCAGUUGGAUAUCCGCCACUGUUCUGCAGAGGCUUUUGGAAGAAACGGAAAAGAGAGAGGAUGCGGUCAAAGGAGCAAUGCCUAAAACUCUGACCCAAAUGUACACACACUUCCUGAUUUACAACUCAUUGAUCAGAACACAAAAGUAUCCAACGUGCCAAGAGGCAUCUGAAAUGCAGUCCCAGGUGAAAAUGGAUGAAGAGAUUAUCUUGAAGCUUGGAAAACUGGCCUUCGAGCACCUGGUGAAAGGCAACAUGAUCUUCUAUGAGAAUGAACUGAAUGAGUACAACAUCAACGUCGCUGAUGCUGCAAUAUAUUCAGGAGUGUUCACACAGAUCUCAGAGAAUGAUUUUGGAUUUCACCUGGAGAGGGUGUACUGCUUUGUGCAUCUCAGCAUUCAGGAGUUUUUUGCCGCAGUGUACGUUUUCCACACAUUCGUCCACUUCAAUCAGAACUUGUUGGAACCACAAGAAAGCAGCGCUGCCCAGGAGGCUCCCAGCGACGCUACCAACCUUCUCAAGAGUGCAGUGGAUAAGGCCUUGCAGAGUGAGAACGGACACCUGGAUCUUUUUCUGCGUUUCCUUCUCGGCCUCUCACAGACAUCCAAUCGGACGUUGUUGAAGAGCGUUGUGACCACAGUGGGGAGCAGUUCACAGAGAAAUGAGGGAAUUGUCGAGUACAUCAAGGAGAAGAUCAGGCAAAAUCUCUCCCCAGAAAGAUGCAUCAAUCUCUUCCACUGCCUCAGUGAGCUGAAUGAUCAGUCUCUUCUGGAGGAAAUCCAGAACUACCUGAGCUCUGGUAGUUUGUCAGAGAUCCAGCUGUCCCCUUCACAGUGGUCUGCUCUGGUCUUUGUGUUGCUGACCUCAAAGAAAGAGUUGGAUGAGUUUGACUUGAGGAAAUAUUCAAGAUCAGAGGAGGGGCUUCUGAGGCUGUUACCAGUGAUCAAAGAAUCCAGAGUAGCCAUACUCAAAGAAUGCAACCUCACAGAGAAAUGCUGUGAAGCGCUUGGAGCAGUUCUAAGCAGUUCAUGUGUGAAAGAGUUGGACCUGAGUGAUAAUGAUCUGCAAGACUCAGGAGUAGAACUCUUGUCUGCUGGACUGGCAAGUCCAACGUGUCAUCUGGAAAAACUGAGGCUGCCGUUCUGUGGAAUCACAGAGGUUGGCUGUGGCUUUUUGGCUAGUGCUCUGAGGACCAAUCCCACCCACCUGAAGGAGCUGGAUCUGAGUUACAAUCAUCCGGGGCAGCUGGGGAUGGAGCUGCUGUCCUGUUUACAGAGGGACAUGGAACACCUCACUGUCAGCUCUAACAACAAUGCUGAGUGCUACUUAAAAUCGGCUCUGAAGAAAUAUACAUGUGAGCUUACGCUGGAUGUGAAAACUGCCAAUUCAUACUUGUCUAUUUCUGAAGAUGACAAAAAAAUGACACGAAUGGAAACAGCGCAGCCAUACCUUGACAGCCCAGAGAGAUUUACAGGCAGCUGGGGACAAGUUCUUUGUAAAGAGGGUCUUUCUGCUCGUUGCUACUGGGAAGCAGAGUGGACUGGGGACAAGACCGGUAUAGGAGUGGCUUAUAAAGGAAUCAGCAGGAAAGCAGUCGGCAAUGAGUCUGUCCUUGGCUACAAUGAUCAGUCCUGGAGUCUGCGCUACUGUCAAGGCAAAUACACGGCCUGGUACAAGAGUGAUUCAUACGUAUCUGUCCCCUACUCCAACUCCAAAAGGGUUGGGGUGUUCUUAGACUGGUCAGCUGGCACUCUGUCCUUCUACGCUGUAUCAUCAAACGCCAUGACGCAUCUGUAUACGUUCCACGCCAAAUUCUUCGAGCCUCUGUAUCCAGGCUUCCGGCUGGGGUUUGCAGAUACUUCAUUAACUCUGUGCCAGCCAGAGAACCCCUAAAUACUAGGGGUGUCACGAUUUUAAAUCGAAAAUCGUUAAAUAUGAGCAUUUGUUUAAAAUCAGGAUCCGCAAUUUUUCCCCAGUAUUUUUUCACUCCACCCCCGCCUACUUACUUGCACACAGUGUGUAAAAACACUCACGGUGUAGCUUACCAGCAGUAGCAUGCAGGUAAAAGACACAGCGUAACGUUAGCUAC